AUGGCCCAAACAGCGCUCGUUCCUCCUCCAAACAACACGGGAAAGUUACGAUACGCAGACGCCAAAGACCUACCUAGCUACCCGUCUUCCGGUCUCAAAAACAACGACGCAGCUGCUAGUGCCGCCGCAUCUUUGGGAUGGGCUAACAGAAAGUUGGUCGAAUACCCAAAACCAGAGAUAUCAACAGCUCCUGCGUCUUCAGUUGCGACUCUGGGAUGGAACAACACCAAAGUAGUUGAACAUCCCAAGGCAGAGUUAUCAAAAACACACGCUUCUCACGCUAAUACCGCUGCCGUGCUGGCUAACGGCCAAAAGAUGGCGUCACCGACAAGUAACGGGUUGGAGGUAUCGCAACCCAAGAGCAGUGUAGCAGGGUCACAGGCGGCUAUCUACGCUUUGCGUGCAGCUCAAAGACAGCAGAAGCAGAUAUUCCAACAGAAGCAACAGCAACAGCAACAAGUCCAGCCUCAACUGCCUAAGCCUACUUUGGAUGCCUCAAACUGGGGGAACUCGGCUGCGAAUUUGGCCUUCAAGGGACAUAAAUCACCUACUACCUCCUCUACCCCGACUGUCCAAGAGACACAAGGUUCCGCCUUGACACGACAAGCAUCACUGAGUGCAGCAAGGGAUGCCGUGGCCGGACGACGCCCGCGAUCGAGGUCGCAACCCCAGCCAGUAACCGACAACACCGCAUACCCCGAUAAAGAAAACGCAGCCUCCAAUGCCCUCAGCGCCGCGACCAGGUCGAUGCGCCCGCCCAGUAUUCUUCCGACCGAAGAAGCCGGUGCCGUACCCUACACGACCAUGAGCAGACAAAUGUUCACAUCCCGACCCCCUGUCAAGCCCGAGGUGGACGAAAAGAACCGGCAAGACGUUCUCCACGCUUCCGCUUUGGCCAUGGCUAAGCGCAUGUACACCCAGCAACAAAAGAUGAUCGACCAGUCCAAGCAGGUCCAAGGACGCAGGUCCUCAUUUGAGCGCCACGGUACCGACGACCCAACAGCCACCAACGACGAUGUGGAACGCACUCCGAUGGUGUACAAUAGCCUCCAAGAUGCCGCCUACCGUCUCGCGCAGGAACGCCUCGCCAAACUGCAUGACCAACACCAAAAGAACCGCGAGAUGCAGGAAUACUAUACGGGCACUUCCCCCUCCACUAGCCAGGGCAACAACGCAGGCGCAUUUGGCAGCAUCCGCAACAGGCUCACCAGACGUCGGUCCUCUAGCGACGGCGACAUCAUCGUCGCCAACGACCGCCAACGCUCCCAACACAUCCGCAAGCAAAUGUCCCUCUUCAACACCAAGGUUGCCGAAGUCGACGAGCAGAAGCGGGCGCGCGACCGGGUGGACGAUAAGCUGUACGCGGAGAAAGGGAUGACGAUUCCGCAUACGAGCAAGAGUGAUUGGGAGGUGAAGGCGCAUGCGGCGGCGCAGGCGAGGUUCGAUGCGAGCAAUAGCCGAAGGCCGAUGGAUGCGGAUCAAGUGGACAUUGGCGGAGGCAAGAUGGUAGACAGGGCCGAGGUGGAGGUUAUUGCGGCGAAGAGGGUGCAGCCGUUGCUGGAUGAGAUUAAUGAUCAUGCGGAGAGGGAUAGGGAGAGGCGGGCCGCAAUAAAACUGGAGGAGGAGAGGAAGAGGGAGGAGAUCGAGAAGUAUAAGAUGAGAGAGAGGGAGGUGCAGAUGUUGCAUAAGCAGUUGAAAGAUCAGCAAAAAGACAAGGAGAAGGCUCUAGCGGCAGAAGUGAAGAGAGAAGAAAGGCAGCGAAAGGAGGAGGAGAAGGCGGCCAGAGCUGAGCAGAAGCGUCUGGUUAAGGAAGCCAAGGAGGAAAAGCAAAUUGAAAAGGGGAAAGGCUCUGCCGUGGCUGCUGACUUGGACCAAAGUUCGCCGGACGAGAAGCCAGCGGCUCCUCCACUGAAUGCAGUUGCCCAUAGGAGGACAGACAGUUCGGGACUGACCAGGUUGUCCAUGCCGUUCCAAAGACGCGUAUCGCCUCCCCAGAGGGGCUCAAUAACACCAGACGGAGGAGCGAGUCCCAUCUUGGAACCGCAAUCGGCGGCCUCGCCAACUAGCAAGGUGAAAGCCUGGCUAAAGAACCGUUUCUCUCGUCCCAGAGCGGCAUCCGGCGCAUCUGUCGCUUCGUCGAGAAUCGAUACAACGGCAGACGGUGCUGCCGACGCUGCCAGCCCUGAUAUGAACAGGGGCUUCAUCGGUGGCGUGGCCCUUACUCGGAAGCUUGGUGAGAAUAACACCAGUGUCCCCUCAGUCGUCGGAGACGACCACAGCGGACCGGGAAGUAUCCGCGAAGUCGCCCUCGCCGGGCUCUCAGCGCCGACACCCGUCCAAUCGACAACAAUGACACCAGCUAUUAACCUGCCGGCGGCGGCGCAAGACGAACCCGGUGAAAGCAGUGGCCUUUAUACUGUCCCUGAUCGCUCCGCCGGAGCCCUAGGCACCACCGCCCUGAAGACAUCUUCUCGCCCCAUCAGCGCCAUCGGUGGCUUCGACGCAGUGGCUACCGUCACCACCACCAGGACUACCACCACCACCGAGCCGACAGUUAGAGAUCGCUCUCCCUACCCAGUGCAGAUACAGCAACCGCAACCGCAAGUCGUCCUCCCCUACGUCACCGCGACCAUCACUGCCAACUCAGCCGGCGAAGCAGGCGAAACCAGGUCCGUCAGCAGCCUGAGCAGCUCAGACCUAAGCGAUAGCGUUUACAGCACUGUCAGCGAUAACGCUUCACCUCAUGCUCAAUACCAAGACAACGAAAACGAAAACGACGCCGACGAGUUCCUAGAAGCAAGAAGUACCUUCUCCAGCGACGGACCGCUCACACUCCCAUCUGCCGGGUUCCCUAUGGUAAUGAACGGGAUGAAGGUGGCCAUCACGCAGCCUACUCCCGCUGUCAACAGCGAGGAAAAGCACUCGCAGUUCUUGAUGGCUUCUGAUCCUAGGGCUAGCGGCGGUGCGCUGAGCACGGGGAGUGGUGGUGGUGGUGGUGGUGGUGCUUUUUUGGGAUAUGAGGGGGCGGGGCGGAGUAUGAGUGGAAGAAGAAGUAUGAGGUCUGGAUCUGGAUCUGCUGAGAAGAGGCCGGUGAGUUCGGGCGGACUGAGUGUGGGGAAUCAGUCGAUUAGUGGGUGUGGGAGGAUUAGUCCGUUUAGGGAGAGUAGGUUUUCGGAGAAUUUUGAUCAGGAGGAUAUGUAA